CACGAAGCCUUGCUAAACUUACAAACAUCGUUCAACCGGUAACCUGCAGGCCGCGCAGUCGCUUACUAACAACGUUGUGGACUGGUUGCUGAGUGGCCGGCGCAAGAGAAAACGACAUUUUCACUUUUUAAAUUGUUACCAUUUCAACAGAGGCAACAUGAAUAUCGCACCAGUGGGACCUGACCCCACCCGUCUGACGUGUUCGUCGUGCGGCGCUACCAUCAUUUCGAGGGUCGAGCGCAAAGCUACAACAAAAACACACAUAAUAGCUCUUGUUCUAUGCUUGUUUUUAUGCUGGCCUUGUGUCUGUGUGCCUUACUGCAUGAACAGCUGCCAGAACGCUGACCACUAUUGCCCCAACUGUAAUGCUUAUCUUGGAACUUAUGUCGCGUCGUUUACUAGUCUUCAAUUUGACUGGUCUCGGAGAAAGUUUCAACACCUUUUCAACAACAUUAUGGGCGUCACUAUGGAGAAUAUACCAGUGGGUCCCGUGAACAUGCAGAGAACGUGUCCGAGCUGCGGUAACACCAUCAUCUCAAGAAUCGAACACAAAUCCUCGACUAAAACACAUUUAAUAGCUGCUAUCUUAUUCGUAUCCUUAUGCUUGCCUUUUGUAUGCCUACCUUAUUGUAUGAAUACUUGCAAGAACGUCGAACAUUACUGUCCCAAUUGCAACUGUUACCUUGGAACUUACCAACGUUGAUAAUGUUUAGUAUGAUUAAGGUUACAAACAAUCAAGUCAAUUACAACAGUGUCUACUAAUCUGUAAGCAGACAUAAAGUUGUAAAAAAAACUCUCUAAUUAAUAGGCAAACUACUUUCAAAG